AUGGCUGAAUUGGCUUUUUUUGAAGACGUUGCUCAACAGAGAAUAAGGAGGGAGAGAAUUUUUAGAGAGCACACAGACUUGCUGGCUAAUGGGGACGAGUGGCUGAUAAGCAGAUUCAGACUGCCGCGCGCUGUCGUGCUCGAGCUGUGCGCGGUGUUGGGCCCAGCUUUGGCGAGGAACACCCGGCGCAAUAACGCCGUGCCAGUCCCACUUCAAGUUCUGACCACACUGCGUUUUCUGGCAACCGGCACUUUUCAGAGGGAGUUGGCUGACAGGUCGGGGAUAUCUCAGCCAACCCUCAGCCGUGUUAUGCCAGACGUGUUAGGAGGAAUUGUAAGUUUGACACAUCUUUACAUCAAGUUUCCUUACACGGUGGCUGAACAGGCAAACAAAAAAGCGCAAUUUGCAGCAAUGUCCGGUUUCCCAAAUGUAAUCGGUGCCAUUGACUGCACUCAUGUUGCUAUAAGGGCGCCGAGUAUGAAUGAAAAUGCUUUCGUUAAUCGAAAGCAUUUUCAUUCAAUAAAUGUCCAAGUCAUUUGUGAUGCGGACAUGUUACUCGUAAAUGUUGUAGCUCGGUGGCCUGGGUCAACCCAUGACUCAUUCAUUCUGAGACAAAGCAGUGUUGGUCGGAGACUUGAGGCUGGGGCUGUGCGUGAUGGCUGGAUUCUGGGGGACAGUGGGUAUCCACUGAAGCAGUGGCUGCUCACGCCUUUCGCCAACCCCCAGAGCGCGGAGGAAAGGCAGUAUUACAUCAGCCAUACCCAGACACGGUCUGUGGUGGAGCGCACCAUAGGCCUGUUUAAAGGCAGAUGGCGGUGCCUAGACCGCACUGGAGGGAUGCUUUUAUAUAGACCGGAGAAGGUGUGCCAGAUGAUACGUGCAUGUGCUGUGCUACAUAAUAUGGCACAACUGCAAAAUGUGCCUCUACCCCCUGGAGCGGAAGCUGCAUGUGUUCGACCCGACCCCCAGCCCCAGGCAUUUCAGCCAAACGGUGCGGCUGUGCGCCAGCGUUUGGCUGUGAUGCGGCGGUUGUGAAAACACCAAACAAGUUUCCCUCUGCAUGGCAAGGACUGCGUCGGUGAGGACACGCCCGCUGCUGGAUGGAGAUGGAGACGGAGACGGAGACGGAGAGGCACGUGGAGGUUCAGCUGCAACACCCUCUCCACUGGAACAUGCAGCAACUAAAAAAAAAAGGGAUUUGUGUAAAUAAAGUGUUUUGUACAUACACGAGUGACUUGAAUGCAUUUAUUUUACUCAUUCCAUAAAAGCAAUUGCAAAUAAGCCUACAUACCCAUUUCAUCUGCUGGCACGUCGGUGUCCCCCUCCGCCUCUGUCACCACUCCACUCAAGAGGGACUCGCCGAUGAUGCCUGCCAGCCUCUCAUCAAGAGGGGUCAGUUCCGGCGUCCCCUUUCCCCCGCCCGUGGCAGACACGCUCUGGCGAUGGUGCGCCAGGCGCUUUUUGGCCUCGACUUUAAUGUCUGACCAUUUUUUUUUCAGUUCGGCCACAGUCCGAUCUUCUGAUGCAGUGGCAUUCACUGCCUCAGCAAGAGUUUGCCACUCCAAAGUUUUUUUGGCAUUAGUGACUCCCAUACUGUGCCCUCCAAACAAAAUCUUUUUUCUUUUCUCCACCUCCCCAACCAAAACUUCGAUCUCGCAGUCUAAGAAAUUUCUUUUUUUUGUUUUUUUUCCUGCGCUUGCCAUGUUUCUUUCUCUGCUGGCCCAGAA